GGGUUGGUAUAACCGCAGUAGUUCGGAUGCUGCUCGUAGCCGUCGUUCGGUCGCGUUCGGCUAAACUCGGGAGUCUCCGUCGAUCUCUGCGGGGGCAGAGGCCUCCUUCCCUUCUCGGACGAGUACCACCAGUGCUCACACUCCCGCGUAAGCGAGCGGCCGGCCGGUUUAUACGCGUUUCCUUGACGGCUCGUCCUACGGGCUUUAUACUUACGUACACGAGAGUUACAUUGACGAUACAGUGGUAAUACGCGACGGCUCUUUUUCGCCUUGCAGUAGUACAUUUUUAUUUACUCACUUCUAAUUCAUUCUAUCGUCUCCCUUGAAUUUCCUUUUCGUCCCUUUUUUUUUAUCCUUUUUUCGUUUUCCUACUUUAUUCCCCUCUUCUUGUCUCUAUUCUCUCGAUAAAUAGAUUUUCUUGACAAACCUAAGCUAGAGAGAGAAAGAGAGAGAGAGAGAGGUAAAAAGAGAUAGUAAAAGAGAGUAAGAGUGAGAGUGAGAAAGCGCGAAAAUUCUUUGGAAAUUCGACGACAGUGACAACGUCAAAAAGAAGAAGAAGAAGAAGAGGAAAAAGAAAAAGAGGAGGACGAGGAAGAAAAAGAAGAGAAAGAAAAAGAAGAAGAAGAAGAAGAAACAUUUUAAAGGAGUGGUCGAUGCAAUUGUAAGGGAGAAACGGACAAAAAAACAACAAGAAAGACAAAAAUAACAAAUAUCGUCGCGACUAUAGGAAGUAUACGUGGUAUACGAAGAAUUUCUUGUUAACAACGUGAUGUCAAGGUCGAUGUGCUUCGAAGGAUUCGCGACAAGGCGUGCCGACGAAUCGUGAUACAUUCAACCUGUCGUUAUUUCUGAAACGACACGAUCUCCGUGCGUUGUACGAUUCUUUUUUUUUUUUGUUUUUGUUUUUGUUUUUGUUUUCUCCAAGAAGGAGGACUUCGUGCUACCAUUCGUUUUAAGUUUAAGACUGAAAUGUAUGGUGUCAUGUGUUACGAAAGUUUUCCUUUUAUCGAACGCGAUUUAUUUAGUUAACGUAAAGUUUCAUACCAGAAGAAAUUCUUCGCGAAGGACGGACGGACGGAUUCGUUCGCUCGCGAUCCGUCGACAAAAUAAAUGACGUUAGAUCUAAGAACCUUUUUAUAAUCGUAAUCGUUGUUUAUAAGUGUCGUUUCACUUUUUACGAUAUAUCUUGUUACACAUCCUAUCUUCUACGUAUUUGUGAUAGCAACGUGAGACAAUCAUCGAAACGGAUUAUUAUUCUUCUCUCGAAGAUCGAGGAACAAAGAGGAAUUAAACCUAUAAAUAUAUAAUACGUUCGACAAAAGUGCAGAUAAAAUUUUAUCCCUCAGGAUUCAUUAUUCUCGAUCUUGUUUCGUAAGUUUUGCGUCGUACCGAUCGUAAGAGGAAAGGAGAAGAAGGAAGAUUAGAAAAGGAAGAAAAAGUUACGCGCAACGAGACGAACGAAGCAUUUUUUUACAACGCAUUUCGAGACUAUCGAGAAGAGAAGGUGAGAGAGAAAGAGAGAGAGAGAGAGAAAAGUAGAAGAGAAGUAAAAAUCGAUUUUUGACUUGGUAACGAGCGAAGACAUCAAAGCUGUUGCGAAGUAGAUACGCGUAAAAAGAAACAAAAGUCGUUUUUCAUAAUUCGAAGAAAUCGUCGCGAUCUAAUAAUAAUAAAUCUUACUUCUUUGGAUUAUUACGAGGAGAUCUUGUUUCUCUUCUGUUUUGUUUCUUCUUUGAACUCUUUUCAUUUCUACGAAAUCGAGAACAUUCCUUAUUCCUUUUGCUUUUACUUCUUCUUUUUUUUUUUCUUUUUGUCCGUUACAAAUAACCGACGAUCGUCCAACGGUCAUACGAGAAACAAAUGAAUCUCGUACUUCUACGUACACAUAUACACAUUUUAUAUAUAUAUAUGUACACACACCUAUAUCUUUUUUUUCGCGAAUUGUAACCGAAAAAAGAAUCCGUUACUGUUUCUAUCUCUCUCUAUCACUCACUCUCACUCACUUAUUCUCUUGCACACGUAAAUAGCGGUGCGCGUGUGUGUUUAUAUGAGAAAGAAGCAAGCGUGGUAAACACGCCCAUAAAGUGAACGAGGGAGAUCAGCGGUGGUGGCAACGUUGGCGGCAGCGUAGAAGGGGGGGGGGCGCACAGAGGUGAAUCUUGAAUUUGGCUGGCAGUAGGACAUCGGCGGUCGUGAGGAACGGACGGACGCGAGGAGAAGAAGGAAGUAGUGGAAAGGGAAUACUUAUAAUAUACACCCUUCGUUACGAUUAAUUACUACAUACUGUUAACUUUUCGUCAAUCGUAUUAUUUAUUAUAACGUCGUAUACGUUAUACGCGUUUAUCGUGUUUAUUUAACUAAAUAUCAGUGUUACAAGAUCCACGUAAAUCACGACAAAUCGUUCGAAUAUUUUUCACGAAGAUCGAUCGAGUGUCUCGUUAUUUGUGUGUGUAUUGUGCGUGUGUGUCCGUGCGUGCGUGCGUGCGUGCGUGCAUGCGCAUAAAUAAGACGCAUUUCGCAAUUCGCAAUUUCAUCGAUUGUGAUCAUUCAAGACAGUGGUUUUUAUUUUUGUUUUCUUUUUUUUUUUUUUUCUUCUCUCACUCUGUGGAAUCUCCUGUGAGGUCACCUCGUUGUCGUCGACGACCCUUCGCUAAACGAGAUUUUUCUAUCGAAGAAAAAAUCAAGCGGACGAAGUUCGUUAUCGUCGUCGAUUAUAACAGAACGACGACAUCAAUUUUCUACCAGAGGAAUUAUAUACGGUGCUACGACGUUACGUCUAUGUGCUUAACGCCUGCUGUUUCUUCGUCUAAAACGUUCUUGGACAUGAAAUUAAACUAUUCGAACGUCAUGCCAACUACGAGGAUCAUCGUUUUCUUCGCCCUAUGCAUCGCCCCUAUCGCUAAAGCAGGCGAGGGUGCCCAAUAUUUUCGUUUCAAGCCGAGAAAUAGUUCCGUGCUUGAACGUGGCGAGGUGAUAAUACCCUGCGAGGUCGAGAAUAGGGUCGGCAUCGUUCAGUGGGUCAAAGACGGCUUUGCUUACGUCGUACAACCGAUGAGUGGUCAGAUCGUUGGUCAUCCGAGAUUAAGACUGAUCGGGGAUCAAAACGCAGGAGUUUAUAAUCUUCAGAUUACCGAUGCAUCUUUAACCGAUGAUGGAGAAUAUCAGUGUCAGGUUGGACCACAUGUACGCGUCAAGCCGAUCCGUGCGAACGCUCAUCUCACCGUUAUCUCGCCACCGCAGAAAGUCGAGAUAAGUAGUCACUUGUACAAGAAAAAAAUGGAUGGGAGUGGUCAUUCGAGUAAGAAAAAAAUCGAAGUAAAAGUUGGAGAAUCGACGCGUUUGGAAUGCGUCGUGAGAUCGGCUAAACCAGCGGCUUCGAUCAUUUGGUAUCGCGGAAAUGUUCAAAUCAAAGGUGGCGAUACCAGUAUCACGCCGAUAUCAAUCGAGGGUGACAAGGAGAUGUUGAAGCCUGGUUUGAUAACGAAGAAACUUCUCAAAUACGAUACCCAUGGAUCUAUCACGAUCGUCCCCACCGCCGACGAUGAUGAGAUGGAUUAUACCUGCGAAGCCAAUCAUCCAGCGAUUCCCAUUAAUCGUCCGAUGCGGGCGACCAUCAAACUCUCCGUUUUCUAUCCACCAGGCAUGCCAUAUAUCGAGGGUUAUACAGAAGGUGAAACCGUACAACGCGAUCAACAAGUGGAGCUCACCUGUCGAUCGCGAGGUGGAAAUCCACCGGCCAAAAUCGUUUGGUUUAGAAAUGACCAACAAGUCACGACCGAAUAUCGUUCGGAAGGUAGCCUAUCUGAGAGUGUAUUAUCGUUCAAGGCUAUGGCACAAGACGACAAGGCACGAUACAAAUGCGAGGUGUCCAAUAUCAUGAGCCUUGAACCCAUGGAAGUACACGUUGACCUUACUGUACUUUUUGUACCAGCCGGCGUGAUAAUCACUGGACCGACUGAAGCAAAGGCAGGCGAACAAGUAGUGAUUACUUGCACAACAGAGAACUCAAACCCACCAGCGGAUAUAAAGUGGUCGGUAGACGGUCGGAACUUUGAGAAUAGCACGUCGAAAACAGAACCGGCGUCUCAGGGUGGUUGGAUCACAACUUCGAAUGUGACUUUCAGUAUAAAUCACAAGAGUAGAAGCAUCGUUGUUAUCUGCCACGCGUCGAAUGCGAAACUUGCUGAGAACGUGGUUGGCACACAUACUAUCAAUGUCAUCUAUCCACCCUCGAACCUCUUCGUCACUGGUUAUGAAGAGGGUACAACUAUAGACGCUGGCACGGUAUUAAGACUUCAAUGCACAGCCACCGCUGGUAAUCCACUGGCAACUCUGACGUGGUAUAAAAACGAUAGAAAGAUUCUCGGUACUUCUAGAACGAGAGACCAGGCAGUUUCCAGUGAACUAGCGAUACUCGUUAACGCAUCGGAUAACAACGCACACGUUAGAUGCGAAGCUACCAAUUCGGCGACUGAGAUACCACUGAUGAAGACUCUGAUAUUGAGAGUCAAUUUCCCACCGGAGAAAGUGAAGAUCACGCGAGACCCGCAGGAUUUUCAUGCAGGUCAGGAAGGUCGUAUUAUAUGCGAAUCGAGCAGUAGCAAUCCCGCUGCCGAAAUGUCAUGGUGGAAGGGAGGAAUAUCAGUACCGUCGACGAAAAACGGUACCAAACCGGGUCUACACGGUGGUUUCCUUUCCUACGUAGAAUUGUCAUUGGAUUUAACCGAGGAUAUGAAUUGCGAGGUUUACACCUGUCAAGCUAGGAACGCUCAAAUGGAAAGAUCGAUACACGAUGCGAUAACGCUUCACGUAUUAUACAAGCCAAUAUUCUCAACACUGGAUCCUUACGAAUUAACCGGUAUGGAAGGUGAACCAUUUGUAAUAUCCGUCUCAGCAACCGGAAAUCCUAAUAUGAUAACUUACACAUGGACGAGAGACGGGUUACCAUUGAGUAGUAGCGGUAAAAGAAUAACCGCACGUGGUCCAACGUUGAAUAUAACGAAAUUGGAACGUUACGAUGCAGGGACUUACACGUGCGAAGCGAUCAACGAGGAAGGGACCACGUUUUAUCCUUUGAAUUUGACCGUCCAAUAUCCAGCAAAGAUUUUACGAACGUCAACGUCCGGUACUGUAUAUCCACCUGGAAUCGAGGCUAAAUUGUUUUGCGAGGUUGAUGGUAGCCCGAUAGGUGACGAAUACGUGACCUGGCAGAAAGUAGGCUCAAACUCGGAAUUACCAGGAAGAUAUUCAACGUCUUUUGCAAACAAAACGUCGUAUCUUCAUAUCGAACAUCCGGAUCAGGAAGAUGUUGGGGAAUAUCGAUGCAAAGUUAACAAUGGAAUUGGUAACGCCACCUCGAAACCGAUUCUAUUUAUAACCAACUUUAAACCGGAAAUGAUGAAUACACCGCUUACGAGAAAGGCAGCAGCGAAUAAAGGAAUAAAUGCACCACUUUAUUGCAAAGCACGUGGAUCUCCGUUACCACGUUUUACAUGGAUCUUCAAUGGUAGAACUUUAUUACCUAAUGCGACGGAACACAAAUAUAGUAUAACUCAUAGCGACUUGUCCGAAUUAACGUCAGAAUCAACGUUGACGAUAUUCCACGUGAAGUCUCACGAUUAUGGAAAGUAUGAGUGCCGUGCAGAAAAUAGAAUGGGCCAAUCGAUCGAUACGAUACAUUUGGACGUAACAUCACCACCUGACAAACCCUCAGAUUUGGAGGUUUACAAUGUUACGCAUGAUUCUGUUACGUUGACAUGGAAAAGAGGAUUCGAUGGUGGCCUACCAACGUCCCAUCAAAUAAGAUGGAGACAAGCGUUGGAUUAUGAAAGUCGUUAUAGAUACUUGGACAUUUUACCGGGUGAAUAUAAAGCGGUAAUAUGUGGACUAACACUCGGAACUUAUUACGUUUUUAGCGUGAAAGCUAUAAACGAAAAGGGUGACAGCGGUUUCUUGCCCGAUGUGGUCAAGGUCCAAACUCUACGCGAGGCGCCACCCACCGAGUUGACAUCAAGCGAGAUUAAUUCCUCGUACAUCAUCGUGAUAAUCAUCACUGUUACUGCAUCCGCUUGUCUCCUCAUUGCCGCGCCCAUAGUCUUUGCUACAUUAAAGUCGAAAAAGAAGGCACACCGUUCUGGGUUAAACAAGUCGCAGACAGCUGAUAUGUAUGCACCAUCGACCGUCAACGGUGACACUAUGACCGGCGAAUUAAGUUCCGUGUCCGAUGAGAAGAGCGACGUUAACUUCGACGCUAAUGAUUACGUGGACGAGGGACGAAAAACUGCAGCUAGUACAUAUUUAAUCGAUCAAACUAUGCAGGAUUUCGGAAAGGGUAGUUUAGAGAUGCAGGUACAUCAUCAAGGAACUCUCGGUCGUCGAGGUAACCACGUGCCAGUUAUGAGUAUGGAUUCACCACCACAAAGAACUACAGCCAGUGGGACACUCUCGGUUUCGAAGUCGAGUUACAUCGGGAAUCCAAGUCCUGCGCCGCCCAACGACGUAAGCUUCUACAGUGUGGAAAUGGACAACGGCCGUUAUAUGGGAUAUGAGCCGAACUCGAGCCCGGCACCGACAAUGGGCGAUCCGGGCUCGGGCAAUUAUUACCCUACCAUGCCAACCACGGGACACACGGGGCAACAUGCGAGCGCUGGUGGAACGGGUACGUUGACGCGUACCAGAACUCUACCACGUCCUGUACCACCCCCGGAUGUUACCGUGAUGACGGCGGGUACCAAAUCACUGAUACCACCCUCCGUACCACCGCCACCGGCUACGUUUGCACGUGCGAACACCAACGGUGCACACAAUCAUGGUCACCCACUCUCAACGUUCACACCGACGCCGGCCUAUUCCGACAUUGACGGCCAUCUUGUCUGAGGCUCACCGAUAUUCGGCCCAAGCUCGGUACGUGGUAAAUACCGUGCCGUACCUAGGGACGAAACAAGUUUGCCCGUAACCGAGAGAAGCACGCGACUUUAGGCACGGGCCUAAGAAAUAAAUUUCGUAAAGAGGAACUUAUCGUCUGAACCUAUUAACGACGUUGAUAACGAAACGUCGAUUACAUCGUUUAUAUCGAAGCAAUGGAUGAUUACUACUACUACUACUACUACUACUACUAUUACUACCACUACUACUACUACUACUACUACUACCACCUACUACUACACUACUACUACUAUUACUACUACUACCUACUACUACUACUACUACUACUACUACCUACUACUACUAUUACUACUACAUUGCUUCUACUCGCGUGUUACUUUCCUACGUUUACUCGAUAGUGCGCGAUCGGACAAAGUUUUGCCUGCUACGGCAAAAAAAUCGUUAUUUGAUAAUGACAGGAAUCAUUUAAUUGCAACUGAUCGAGAAGUGCGGCAUAUUCAUUUCGGUGGUUAUUAAUAAAAAUAUGUGGCUUACGUGUGUAAAUAAUGAUGGUUGGUUGGGCGUAGGAAAACUUUUCGGAUCGUGGAAACCCGAAAACGAUUAUUGUCUUCGAGUAUCAAUAUGUUACAAUAUGACGAAGACAAUUGUUCGUGAUACUAUUUGCGUGGACGAUUAGAUGUAGUUGCAUUUGCAUAUCAUAAAAAUCGUUCGUGCUUUAAUCGUCGAUAUCAUCGAACUAGCCGGAGUCGUCGAUCGUUACCGAGAAACUGGCAUCCUGGACACUUUGUAUGUGUGUAUACGUGUGCGUGUGUGCUUGUACGUACGUAUGUGUAUGUGGUAUGUUUAUUUGCGUGUAUGCGUGUGUUCGACAUGCUAAUAUGGAUUCUUUAUCUUCUCCGAGUGUAGUGAUAGAAGAAGAAAAAAAAAUAAUAAAAAAAGAAACUUACUCGAUUCGAUCUCGACGAUCGCUUACGUCACAAUCUAACGAUCGUCGAUAUCGAUCUUGAGUUUACUCAUGAAAGAAUUUUAUAGUAUAUUUACGUUCGAUGAUGCAACGUAAUCGGGAGAACUCUUUUUUUCUUUUUUCUUUUCUUUUUUUGCCUGGCUGGCUACUGUAAGAGAAAGGAAGGAAGGAAAGAAAAAAAGAAAAAAAGAAAGAGAAAGAAAUUAGUUAAGGCGGCAACGUCAUUUUCAAAAUCGAUCAAUCGUGUAUACGUAAACAAAUCAAGGAUAAAAAAAAAUAGUUUUUCUUCAUCGAUUUUUGACGAAGAUCGGCCUAUUUUUUGCACGUAUGGGUAUCUUGAGACUCGUCAUCUGAGAUUCCCUAGCCCCCACCCCACCCCACCCCACCAACACCCCACCAACACCUCUGCCCACCCACAUUCCUCUUUUUCUUCCGUUUUUUUUUUCUUUUUUCUUUUCUUUAGUAUACGAUUCUCUCGAAGAGAGAUGUAUCAAUGCAAACACGAAGGAAUAAAGAGAAAGUAUCCGUUCGAUUUUUUUCUAUGGUAUCACCAUAGAAAUUGAUGUAUCUUAUUUUUUACGAUCUGUCCGUUUAUAGAUAUGUUUACGCGUAUCUGUCAGAAAGAAAAAAGAAAAUAGCUAUCAAAGUCUAUCGUUAAAUCUAAAAUCUGUUUAUCGAAAAUAUUCUAUAAUUGAAAUACAUUGAAAAUAAUUAAGACUGAUCGUAAAAACAGAUCGAGAUCUUUUUUUUUCAUUUGAAUGAAGUAUACUAUAUUUAUAUCGAACUUGCAUUAUGAUGUGUAAUUGCUACGACGAUACGCUUGUAUGUAUGUGUUUAUGUAUGUAUAUAUAUAUGUAUGUAUACAUACAUAAAUGCAUGCAUACUUGCAUGGAAAAGCAAAAAAAAAAAGAAAGAAAAAAGAAAAAGAAAACAUAGAAAAAAGCAAGAGAGCAAUGAACUUAGAAGAUUCGACUAAUUAAUUAAAUACAUAAUAAUCAACGAUAUUACAUUUUUACAUGGUUAGUUAAUUUUAAAUUACGUUCUUUUUAUUUAUUACCUUUGCACACAUACAUACACACAAACAUAUACAUACACCCCCCACCCUUCGUCCCUUGACGAUAAGUAUGUACGUAUGUAGCUAGUGAAUUUCAAUUUGCAUAGGUAUAUAUUAUUUUAUAGCUCUUUUAAGUUUUUAUUAUUAUUAUUAUUAUUAUUAUUAUUAUUAUUAUUAUCAUUAUUAUUAUUAUUAUUAUAUCACACAUCGCACCACAUGUCUCUCAUUAAUUAGUUUACAAUAGAUUGAAUUAAUUAUUAAUUCAAAGUCGUUUUAUAAGUAAGGAGAAACAGAACGGUCUUCACUGCCGAUCCUGAAGUCAAUAUACAAAAUAUACAUUAUACAUACAUAUUACCAUAAAUUAUACAUACAUACAUAUGUAUGUAUAUAAAUAAUUUCACGAUUAUCUCUCGACAGUAUCUUGUAAAUUAUUUCGCUUUUUUAUUUUUUCUAUUAAACGAAACAUGUAACUUUUGAAAAAGAAAAAUAUUUGAUAUCUGUCGUAAUAUGUAUGUAUGUUAAAUACGUUGUAGAUUCUAUUAAUAUUAUUAUUAAUAUUAUUAUUAAUAUUAUUAUAAUAAUAAUAAUUAUUAUUAUUAUUAUUGUUAUUAUUAGAACGACCACCAUCGAUCGUUCUCGUUCGAUCGUCUCGCUUAUCGAAAGCCAGAAAGGAAGAAAUAACAGGGAGAAACAAAAAAAGAAAAUAAAAAAAAAAAGAAAGGAUAAUAAAAAGGAAAAGUAACGAUGAGUAUAACGCUUUUGAAAGUGUUUCAAACGAGUAGGAGUGUUUUGCGUUGCUGACGCGUGUUUAACCGUGACCGAACUGCGAGAACGAGUCGUAUUCCGAAGUAAUACCAUUUUAGGAGGAAGCAAUUGCGAUAGUAAAAGAAAAAAAGAAAAAAAAGGAAACGUUCGAAUAAGAUGGAAGAAGUAGUAGUCGAAAGAGAGAUAGAUAUAUGGAUAGUAACAUAGAGAGAGAGAGAGAGAGAGAGAGAGAGAGAGAGAGAGUGACGAUCGAAAGCGCGUCGACGUUUUAAAAGGCAUUUGAGAAAUGGUGGCAUUUGCCAUGGGGAAUACAUAUAUGGAACGAUGCCGGAGGAUUUUAUUGGACACAAAACGUUUCAUAAAUUUAGUGACUGUAAGAGGUUUACGCGGGCUUUCGAAUCAUAAUCGCCGUUCCUCUGACUGCCUGUAACAGAUAAAAGGCUGAAUCCUCCCCUACCCACCUACCUACCUACCUAUCUAUCUAACAACCUACCCCUUUCUUGUUGCCCUCUUCACCGUUUCCCUUACUCAAGUUUCCCUCCCCACUUCAAGUCUCUUCCUCUUAUACAUUUAACCUCCUUUCCUAUCACCCUUCCUCUAUUUCCUACUCUCACCCUCACGGCCCUGGCUCACCCUCAUUCCCACCCUCACUCACCCUCACCUACCCUCACCCACCACUCCCUUUAACUCGUGAAAAUAUUUUCUCGCAUUUUGCUCUCGUCGAUAUAAUAAAAACGAGUAGGGAUAAAGAACAAAAGACGAAAAUGGACCGGUGGGUGGUGGAGUGAGGUGGGAAAGGGGUAGUAAAAUAUGGAUAUGGCGUCGAGUGAUGAUCGUCUUCGACAUAGUGAUAUCUUUGAAAAAAGACAAUAGUGUAAUAAUGUUUAUUUAGUUGGUAUAUGAUAAUGCGAGUUUAGUUUAAGUAAUUAUUGAUUGAUGAGAGAGGAAAAGGGAAAGGGGGAGGAUGUGAGUGGAAAAGGAAGGAAAUAAAGAAAAAUAGAAAGAAAAAGAAGAAUAGAGAGAGAACAAAAAUGAAAGAAAAUCGAACGAUGGAUAAAGUUUACUCUUUGUGUAAUGAUGAUAUAUAGAUAUAUAUAUAUAUGGCGAUUUUUUAUUUUUAUUAUUUUUUUUCUGAAAAGAAAAAAGCGAACGUUCCAAUCCUCUAUUAUUGCGAAUAUAUCGUACAUAUGUAUGUAUUAUUAGCUCGCGUGUCGCGCGACUAAACUGUUUAAUAUAAUAUACAUACAUAUAUUAAUAUUAUAUCUAUAUUAUAUUUUUGCAUUUAUUUCGAUUAAAAUAUUUGUUAUUUGAUCUUGUAUGUAAAUAUAAUGGGAAUAAUCCUUUAUGAUGUUUAAAAAACGCGCGCACGCACAUGCACACGUACACAAACACAUACAUACAUACAUACACAUACAGGUACCUGCACAAAUAUAUGCAGAUACACGUACACAGAUAGACAGACAGACAGAUGGACAAAAGAGAUACACAAGCAGAUAAUACUCAAAACGUAAUUCAAAAUGGAUCAUAUGAGGGUCUCAUUAUACCUAGGCUGUAAUGAUGGUACGAUAUACAUACAUACAUAAAUAGGUCAUAAUGUGAUAGGUUACGCGUAUAUUAGAAUGAAAAUAAACGAGGGAAAAAUAAAUGGAAAAAUAAAGAAAAAGAAGAAAAAAAGAGAGAAAUAAAAGAAUAUUCGGAUUAUAUUGGAUAAAAUUAAAGACAAAGCGCGUUUUCCCGUUCAUGUUGAAACCCUAAGAUGAAAAAAGAGAGAGAGAGAAACAGACAGAUAGAGAAAAAGAGAGAGAGAGAGAGAGAGAGAGAGGGAGAGAGAGAGAAAGAGAAAGAAAGAAAGAGUAGUCGAUAUACAUAUAUUUUUGAGAGAUAAAAAAAAAGAAAAAAAAAACAAAGAAAAAAGAAGACAAGAGAGGAGGAGCGAUAAAAAACUCAAUACGUUUGGCCUAUUAUAAGAGUAUUAUAAAUUCAUGCAACGCACAAUGAAUAAUCGAUGGUAAAGUACUCAAUGAAAUGAAAUACAAACAGAAACGAUAUUUUUUCCUUUCUUUUUCUUUUUUUUUUUGUUCUUUUUUCUUUUCGAGUUUACUUUUCUUUCACAAUAAUUUUCUCCUGAAAAAAAAAAAAAAAAAAAAAAGAAAGAAAGAAAAAAAGAGAGAAAUGAAUUAAUGCGAGUAACACCUUAUUGAAAAACGUGACCUCAUUUUUUUUCAUCGUUAACGCGUUGUAAACGUUCGAGAGAAAAAGAAAUAAAAAGGUUCGUGUAUUAUACGCACGCUACGAUUGUAUUACGAAACACGAAAUGAAAAUGAAAAGGAAAAUUUAUUUCGAAAAAAUCUUUUUCUGUUCCUUUGAUUUCGUUCGUGUGCGCGAUGAUGUCAUUGAAUUGUCAUUGAAAAUCGUACAAUCGCGAGGGAAAAGAAUUUGCGAAGUAAUUAUUUCUUUUCAUUUAAAUGUGUAAGAGAAAAGAAAGAAAAAGAAUAAUAAUUCGAAGGAAGAAUUCAUUUCAUAAAAGAAAAACGAGAGUUUAAUUAUUUUUAUUUUACGAAACGCGCGUUAUUAUUACAAAUAUACAUACAUACAUACAUACAUACAUACAUACAUUCAUAACAUAUAUGUGUAUAUAUAUAUGGAGUUACUUUACACAACGAGCUCUUGUGCGUUCCAUGUUAAAAAAUCGUUUGAAAGUUUAACAAAAAUAAUGUUUCCGUAUAUGUAGCGUAUUGCGCAUUGUUAUAUUUACAUGCAACGCGGUUAAUUUGUUAACGUUAAAUUCUACAAGCUUUGAAAAGAGGAGAGAAAGAAGAAGAGAAAAAAGAAACGAACAAAAAAAAAAAUAAAACAAAAAGUGAGAGAAAAGAAAAGAAAAAAAAUGUGUGUUGUUGAACGUAUGCGCUGUAUGCGAUAGAAGAGCCGUCGAAUAUCGGCUUAGACUGAUGAUAUUAAAAAAAUUCUCACACGUAUUGCGCUCAAUUAGAGAGAGAGAGAGAGAGAGAGAGAGAGAGAGAGAGAGAGAGAGAGAGAGAGAGAGAGAGAGAGAGAAUAUGUUUGUGCAUGUAAUUAAAAGGUUCUAUUUACAUAUACAUGUUUUAUAUUUGUAAUUAAACGAAGCGACGAGAGAAAGAGAGAAAGAGAAAAAGAGAAAGAGAAAGGGAGAGAGGAAAAAAAAAAGGAAUAAUCAUCUAUACUUAAAACGUAUUACCUGAAGAGUUAUUAGACUAUGUAAUCUCCAAAGUAUUUGCUCAUCAAAGUGCUAGGCAUGUUAGACGGACCGUUAAUUCGUCCAAAAUGGUACCUUGGAGAUGGACAUACCCACCAUCUAACACGUAUAUUAUGUGUAUGUAUAUAUAUAUAUGCGAUAUGUGUAUAUAUAUAUAUGUGUGUACACAUAUAUACGAUAUUUGAUAUUUUACAUAAUAAUAAUAAUAAUAAUAAUUCGUAAUUUUGUUGAUUAAUCUAAGACAUAGUCAAUCCUAAUUAUACAAUCAUCGAGAUAACGCGGAAGGAUAAGGUAAAUAAAUUGAUCGUGUUUUAACAUUUGUAUAUAUUGUACAUAGCGCUUAGAUAGUUAUGAAAAUAAAAUAUGUAAACAUAAUGAAUUAUAUCAAAAAUAAUGACAGAAGAAGGAGAAGGAUGAUGGAGGAGAGAAUGAAAGAGGAAUGAUUCGCGCGAACGUGAUUAUCUGUAUUAUUUGAUAAAAGCAUUACAUUUAUUAUAUAUAAGAUAACCCGUUGACUUGGAGUAGAAAAAAAGAAAAAAAGAAAAUAAAUAAAACAUAUACGUAUAUACAUGUAUACAUGCAUACAUACAUACAUACAUACAUACGUACAUACAUACAUACAUACAUAUAUGCAUACGUAUAUGAAUAUUUAUUAAGAAGAUACAGAAAAACGAAGAUUCAAUCGAAUCUUUUAUUUUUUGUUUUCGAUUUAUCAAUCUAUUUAUACAACCUACUUCUUUUUCUAUCACUUUAACGAACGAACGCGAAAACAAUUUUUCUUUACCGAUAAAAACGUUCGCUCGAGUAUAACGACAGGAAAAAGAAAAACAAGAAAGCAAGAAAGAAAGAAAGAAAGAAAGAAAGAUAGAUAGAAAGAAAGAAAGAAAGAAAUCAAGAGCUUUUGUAAUAGGUAAAUGUUCGUAUCAAUUUUUUAUUAUUCCUUUUUAUUAUUCCUAUCUCGCCGUGGUUUGAGCGAACGGUAGAGGAGAAUAUUUGCUGUUUUUCGAAUUUAACAAGCGCUCGAGGUGUGUUUGUGUACAUGCUGUGAAUCUAAGGAAGAAGAAAAAAGGCAAAGAAAAAGGAAAAAAAAAGUACGAAGACGAAGACGAAGAAAACGAGGAUAAAGACGAAGAGUUAAAGAAAGAUAAAAAGAAGAAAAGAAAAAGAAAAGAUAAUUAACUGAAUGAUAUCGUAAAUAUUCGAUCGAUGUAUCUAAUCGUUCGAAGAAACUAUCCGUUCCAAAUUAACAUUGCCAAUAAAUCUUUACCGCAUCAAAGCUUAUUCGUAAACGACACACACACACACACACACACACACACACACACACAAAGAGACAAGAGCAUACAGACAAAGAGAAACACGUGCACAUAUACAUACAGGACACAUACGUGGCUAGUAUUUCUUUUUUAAAUUAAAAAAUAAAAAAAAAAGACUUAAAUAUAGAAAGUAAUCGUAGCUCGUACUUAUCUAUACAUAUAUGUGUACAUAUAUGUAUGUAUAAUUUGAACAAUUACUAUACUAACUUGAUAAAACGAUAAUGUUUAUUGUUGUACGAGCACGAAAAUGAAACUAUCGAAGAUUGUGAGAAACUUUUUUGUAUUAUCAUUAAUCGUACCUUGUGACAAAACGCACGUACACAAAAGCACAUAAUUACAUACACAUUUAUACAGACAAAUUCAUAAACGAAUAUACAUACAAAAACAGGCAUCAUAAUAUAUGUUUGCUUCCGUUCAUGUGCCAACUAUAAUUGAUGUUUUUGAUGUUCAAUAUACAUGCAUACAAGAUGUAAAAGAAGCCUCUUCAAUCGGACACCAUUUAUGGUGUCGGUCUAUCGUUAAUAUAUCGUCAAACUGGCACGUAAAUGUGCAAUAUUAAAAGCGAUUAAAUAAAGAGACUCAAAGAAACGGGAGGGGGUGGGGUUUAAGAUAUAAUAAGGGAUGAUGUGUAAAAUAUAUUACUUAAGAAAACAAUCAUUAUACCGUUUUUAAAAGAGUGCCGCUUCUUACUACGGCAUAUUCGACAAAAAAAAAAAGAAAGAAAGAAAGAAAGGAAGGAAGAGAACAAAACGAAAAAGAAAGCCCAUCGAUCGAAAAAAAAAAGAAAAAAAAGAUGACGACGGAGAUGGGAAAGAUAAAAAUAAAGAUAAAAAUAAAAAUAAAGAAGAAGAUGAAGUAAAUGAUUAUGAUUAUGAUUAUGAUUACGAUGAUGAUGAUGAUGAUGAUGAUGAUGAUGAUGAUGAUGAUGAUGAUGAUGAUGAUGAUAAUGAUGACGAUGACAAUGAUAAUGAUGAUAAUGAUAAUGAUGAUGAUGAUGAUGAUGAUGAUGAUGAAAAAAAAUGAAACGAUGUAAAAUAAUUAAAAUAUAUUCACACGAUUGGUAUAUAUUAAUUAAUUGUACAUAAUACAUAGUAUUUUUACAUUCUAAUUCUAAAUUACAUUUCCAAUUCUAAAUGGUAUACAUACAUAUUAUUCUACAUAUGAGCUCCGCUUGUCCUCUAUGUAUUUGUUAAAGAUUUGUUUUAAAAGAAGAAGAAGGAGAAGAAGAAGAAGAAGAAGAAGAAGAAAAGAGAAAGAAGAAGAAAAAGAAGAAGAAGCAAGUAAAAGUAAAAGAAAAAGAAAAUAACGACCGUUUUCGGUUAUCUUCUCUCUCUUUGCGAGACAAUUUUACUAUACGAAAACCAAGAAAAAAAAAAAGAAAACAAACAAACAAAAACAAAACAAAAUAGAAAUAUAAAAAAGGGGAAUGGAAUGCAUUUACAGGUAUGCAAUUGCAUACGAUAAAAUAGCCGAUACAUUUUAACGAUCUUUAUGUCCACAUCUUACACCUCGAACCCCCCCAUUAAUCCAUUAACAAUCGACCCUAUUGUGUGCCGUAUUCACUGCACUCGCACAAGAUUAAAUAAACACACGCCUUGUGCCUUCAUCGCACCAUAUUGUUAGAACUUCUUAUAUAUAAAUAAUAUGUAAGAAAUUAUUCCGUGUAUAUGCUGGACUUUUUAUCGUACUAUACUCGCGACUAUACGUCGCGGGCGUACGCGUUUUUCUUUUUCUAUCUUUUUAUUUCUUUUUUUAUUUUUUUUCUCACAUCAUUAUUGUAAAAAAAAAAAAAGAGAGAGAAAAAAGAAAGAAAUUUAUUUCGCGAUUACACAAACGAAAAAUCACAUUCCAAUUGACGAUAACGUUAUCCUGUUGUUGUUUUUUUCUUUUCUUUUUUUUUUGAUCUCUUUUUUUUGUAUUCUUAUCAAACAUCUUUCGAGAUUGAACCCAUAGAAUCAAUCUUGAUGGUUUGUCUUUUCUUUUUUUUUUAUUUUUCUUUUUUUUUUUGUUUUUAUUUUAAUUCAAACCCGAAAAGCAUAAAACCGUAACAAUGAAACAAGCGUUCCGUUGAAAUCAUUCGCUAAAACGUUCGUAUACUCUGUAAAAAAAAAUAAAAUAAAAUAAAAUAAAAUAAAAUAAAAUAAAAAGACGAAAGAGCAUGAUGAUUUUAAUGAGAGAUCGCGAUUACGUUUGAUAAAAAUCCUCAUACGCGUAUAUACAUACAUAUGUAUACAUAAGGACAGAGCGAAGCUCAAAACACUAGUCCUUAAUUUAAAACCAAAGUAAAAGAAAAGAAAGAAAGAAAGAAAAAAAAAAUAAAUAAAAAUGAACAUUGUGUAGCAUUUAAGAAGAAAUCUCCCCCCCCAAUUAACUUACAUACACACCUGUGUGUCUAUUACAGACAUAAUUAUAAUUAAUAAAUCAAUCAUUGUAAUUAGAUAAACGACUAACCGAUAAGCGAAUAGGUAACGAAAACAAGAUAAGAACACUCCUUUAAUAUGUAUUAUUUUGACGUAUUUUAGUUGAUUUUUCACUAUCCGAUUAAGAUUUUACCUAGGAAUUUUCGUCACAUGUUAGAUACGAUAAUUCUGCGUCUGUACAUUGUUUUUCUAUUGCAACAAUUAAAAGUGAUUGUCAACUUAUA